CUCGCAGCUUGGGGGACCCCUGGAGGCUGGUCCCGCAGGUGGGAACAGAGGCGAUGACCACCUGGGAUGAUGGCCCCCAGGCGCUGCCACCUUGGAGCUCAACCUUCGGCCUUGCCGGCUUCCGUUUUCCCAUCCUGGAAUGGGGGGGCGCUCGGAGGGCCCACUCCUAGGAGCUGAAGUGAGGACCCGAGGCGGGGAACUGUGACAGCCUGGCCCAGGGAAGCUGCUGGAGCCAGGCUGUGGCUGCCACUGUCCCUGCCGCCUAGUUUCGGCUUCAUCAGCGCCCGCAGGGCAGAUCCCUGCCGCGCAUGCGCACUACGGGCCGGCCAGGUUCACAGUAAAGGUGCUAACAAAGAGAAUGUAAGACAGGAAAACAAUUUUUUUUACUGAGUCUCUUCAACAGACCACAUUUAAGAGGCAUCUCGUACCCCCUGUUGUCAGUGGCUGGAACACAAUGGAUCACACGGGGGCAGUAGACACUGAGGAUGAGUUGGGACCUUUAGCCCAUCUUGCUCCAAGUCCUCAGAGUGAAGCCGUUGCCCAUGAAUUCCAGGAACUCUCCUUGCAGUCCAGUCAGCACCUACCGCCACUGACCGAAAGAAAGAAUGGAAGUAUAGUCUUUUGGGAGUCAGGACUCCAGUCUCCUCUGCUGACUCAAUCUGUGAGCAUGGUGCUCCAGCUGAGGCUACAGCAGAGGAGGACAAGAGAACAACUAGUGGACCAGGGCAUCAUGCCACCCUUGAAGAGCCCAGCGGCAUUCCAUGAACAAAUAAAAAGCUUGGAACGAGCCAGAACUGAAAACUUUUUGAAGCACAAGAUUCGGAGCCGACCAGAUCGUUCUGAACUUGUCAGGAUGCACAUUUUAGAAGAAACCUUUGCAGAGCCAUCACUGCAGGCUACUCAGAUGAAAUUGAAAAGAGCUCGACUAGCCGAUGAUCUAAAUGAAAAGAUUGCACAGAGGCCUGGUCCCAUGGAGCUGGUAGAGAAGAACAUCCUUCCUGUCGACUCCAGUGUGAAGGAAGCAAUCAUAGGCAUUGGAAAGGAGGACUACCCCCAAACUCAGGGCGACUUCUCAUUUGAUGAGGACAGCAGUGAUGCUUUGUCUCCAGACCAGCCUGCCAGCCAGGAGUCACAAGGUUCAACUGCGUCCCCCAAUGAGCCAAAAGUCAGCGAGUCCCCAUCUCCCGUGACGGCCAGCACUCCAGCUCAGUUUACUUCAGUGUCCCCAGCAGUUCCUGAAUUCUUGAAAACUCCUCCUGCAGACCAGCCCCCCACACGGUCCAGCGCUCCUAUCCUCCCUACCAAUACUGUGUCCUCAGCAAAGCCUGGGCCAGCACUGGUGAAGCAAAGUCACCCCAAGAAUCCAAAUGACAAACACCGGAGCAAAAAGUGCAAAGACCCCAAGCCCCGGGUGAAAAAGCUGAAGUACCACCAGUACAUCCCCCCGGACCAGAAGGGCGAGAAGAACGAGCCGCAGAUGGACUCCAACUACGCCCGCCUGCUCCAGCAGCAGCAGCUCUUCCUGCAGCUGCAGAUCCUGAGCCAGCAGCAGCAGCACUACAACUACCAGACCAUCCUGCCCGCACCUCUCAAGCCACUCAAUGACAAAAAUAACAGCAGUGGGAAUUCAGCUUUGAACAGUGCCAUGCCUAACACACCAAGGCCGAAUGCAUCUGCUCCUGUGAGACAGCCGGGGACUCUGCCUUCUAGCUUGGAUGACUUAAAGGUAUCAGAACUGAAGACAGAACUGAAGUUAAGGGGUCUCCCGGUGUCGGGCAGCAAGCCAGACCUCAUCGAACGUCUGAAGCCCUACCAGGAAAUGAACAGCAGCGCCAUGGCUGCUGGCAGCAUGGUGGCUGUGUCCACCUCUGCCGUCGUCAGCAGUAACCCUGAAGUCACCGUGGCGCUGCCAGUUACAACACUUCAGAACUCUGUGACUAGCUCAGGCUCCACUUUCAAAGUAGAAUUGCCCUCUGCCGGAACCAGCAAUGUAGCCCGUGUUGAAAGCGUUAGUUCUCCUCUGCCCAUCUCCCCGUCUCCCUCCGAGCAGUCCAGCCUCAGUACCGAGGAUACGAGCAUGGCAGACACCUUCACUGAGAUCAUGACCAUGAUGUCCCCUUCACAGUUCCUGUGCUCAUCUCCUCUGAGAAUGCCGAGCACCGAGGACAGCCUGAGUCCCGGCAGCAGCAGCACUCUGUCAAAUCUGGAACUGGACGCAGCUGAGAAGGACCGUAAGCUGCAGGAGAAAGAGAAGCAGAUCGAGGAGCUCAAGAGGAAACUGGAACAAGAACAGAAGCUCGUGGAAGUUCUAAAAAUGCAACUUGAGGUUGAAAAACGUGGGCAGCAGCAGCAGCAGCAAAGGCCACUGGACUCCCAGCCCAGCUCAGCCACCAAUUCCAUUAAUAAGUCAGAGCAGCAGCACAGCAGUUCUUCCAUCAAAGACGAGGCCAUGCUGGCUGACUGCUCCAGCACCAGGCAGCCCGUCCCAGCAGCCAGCCACCCUGCAGGCCCGCCAGGCGGCCAGCCCCUUGUUGCCAAAAAGGCCGUGGUGAUCAAGCAGGAGGUCCCAGUAGCUCAGGCAGAGCCGCAGGGCCUCAUCCCGCAGUUCUACGUAAGCUCGCAGGGCCAGCCGCCAGCCGCCCUGGUCGCCCCACCCCAGGCUCUGCUGACCACACAGACGGCGCAGCUGCUGUUGCCGGUGUCCAUCCAGGGCUCCGGCGUCACCUCCGUGCAGCUCCCUGUUGGCAGCCUCAAACUCCAGACUCCACAAGCAGGACUCCAGCCCCAGCCUCAGAUAGCAGCUGCUGCCCUGUCCUCCAGCCUCGCCCCACCAGCACCGCCCAAGCAGGACACCUUUCAGCCACAUGUGCUCAGUCAGCCCCAGCAAGUCCACAAGGUUUUCACAAACUCUGCCCCCAGCACUGUUCUCCCGUAUCAGAGACCACCUGCCCCCACAGCUCAGCAGCCCUUUGGCAGUAAGACAGCCAACAGUGUCCUUCAACCCAGAAACCCUCCAGCUCCAGCCUUGCAGAACGGACCGACCUCUCCUAACAAGCCUAGCUCACCCACACCGCCCCAGCAGUUUGUGGUCCAGCACUCACUGUUUGGGAGCCCCAUCCCCAAGACGAAAGACCCUCCCCGCUACGAGGAAGCCAUCAAGCAGACCCGCAGCACCCAACCUUCCCUGCCAGAGGUUUCCAACGCACACAGUCAGCAGAUGGACGAUCUCUUUGACAUCCUCAUCAAGAGUGGAGAAAUCUCCCUCCCUAUAAAAGAAGAGCCGUCUCCUAUUUCCAAAAUGAGGCCCGUGACAGCCAGCAUCACCACCAUGCCCGUCAACACCGUGGUGUCCCGGCCACCACCCCAAGUCCAGAUGGCACCACCCAUUUCCUUAGAACCCCUGAGCAGCCUUUCUGCCAGCCUGGAGAACCAACUAGAGGCUUUCCUGGAUGGAGCUUUGCCUUCCAGCAGUGAGCUCACCCCACUGCCCAGCAGCACUGACGACAGGGAGCCCUUCUCUCUGAUCGAGGAUCUCCAGGACGAGCUGCUGGGCCACUCGCACUCCCCCAUGGAGACCUCUGAGCCCCCGUUUCCCGCCAGCGCGCCCUGUCUAUCCCUUGACCUCUCGGACUCCAACCUGGACAACAUGGAGUGGCUGGACAUCACCAUGCCCACCACGUCGUCGGGCCUCACGCCCCUGAGCGCCACCACCCCAGGUAUGUUCUCUGCUGACUUUCUGGACCCUCAGGACCUGCCGCUGCCCUGGGACUAGUCAGCCGCCACCGCCCUGCAUGCUGGUGAGGGUCAGGCUGAAGGUGGCUCACAGUCAGCGUAGGGACGGAGCCGUCAGUGUGCUGUUGCCGUUACACCUUGUUACAGAAACACCGGACCGAUGGGCGUAGCCCGGAAGCCAAGUCUGAACACAUUUCGUUGUGAUGUGUGGCGAGUUUCUGCAGUGUCACACCACACGGGGCCUUCUGAGAAGUCACAGUUCCAAGGAGACUCACCUGCUUCUCCAGACUUAGUAACAGUGAAAAGCAUAGAGCAACGUGUGCUUGACGAUGACAUGAGGGGUUUCUGGUGAGCAGCAACCUUGAACCUCUGCAGUCACGUUCAGGCUGGACAUGAAAGGCAGAGACAGCUCCACUCAGAAGGGCCUGUGAGGCUUUUCCUAGUAAUGGCCAGGCCCAGGCAGCGGCGGCAGCUUAGCCAGCUCUGGGACAGCUUCUUGCUUCCAUUCAGAAAAACGUAUGAUUUGUGUGUGUGUUGUAGCUUAUUUUUGUGUUUGUUUUUUUUGGAAAAUUACUUGAGAUUUCCAAAUUUAAAUUUAAAGGAAAGAUCUUUUACCAUAACCAGAUAAUAUCUACAAAAUGCUGUGGCGAUCUGUCCCUAGUAAGGAGUCCAGGUCUGUUGAUGACACUGACAGUUCUCCCAGAAGCCCUCGGGCUAGGCUCUGUGUUCGCCCUUUGUGCGGACACUGGCCUUGAGGUCUGCACAGCCUACACUAGGGCAGGAACAGUGGCCUACUUGUUGUAAUGACUAACAUUUCUUGAGUACCUGAGCCACAUGUGUUUCCAUAUUUAAAGAAUCAACAACUAACUUGCAGGUAACCAGACCCCAUCUCAAAGAACCAAGCCAAGGCUUUCACGUAAAAUGCCUUUCCCUGCUGGUGAGCUGCAGAGAGAAGGCGUCAGCCCAGGACAUUCCCAUGUGGCUACCACUUAGUCAGGUCCCAGCUCUGACUGUCCUCUCCUCUGCCACUUUAUCACAGGCUUGAAACUGGAUGGCACUCCCAAGCUCUCACUACACUGUCAGCCUAGAACUGAAAAACUGGAGGUCUUAAUAGAUUUUUAUAGAGACAGAGACACAGUGAUCACAUUUGUUGAGUAGUUUCAGAAUCUUCUAAAUUGCCAACUAUAUUUAAGUAUCUGACAAGAUGUAAAUAACUGAAGGGAAAGAAAGUCUACCCAGAGAGCAUGGAGGCUUUCACUAAUACUUGAGCAGUGAAGGGACAGUGACAAGCAGGAGGCAACCAGUCCCACAUGUGGAAAGAAUUUGCUAGCCAUUUCUGGGCUUGUGUUUGGCCUAAGAAUCUUAGAUGUGUGUCAGCCUGUACAUCUCUCACAUGUAAGCAAAGUCCAUUUUCCAGCUGGCUGUCACCCAGACACGGAGCCCUUUGCUGAUGGCGCUUCCUCCUGGCUGGUCCCCACAUGGGGCCCAGUCACUGGCAGCCAGAAGCCACCUCCCCCGGCCCCGAAACAGGGUAACCCUGGGGCUGUCUGCACCUCGAGUCCCCUCUGUUCAGGGCGGCCUGAAUGGGAGGUCUCGGCCAGGGGUUUUAUCUGGGGCUUGUCUGGUGGUGCUCAGACUCUCAGCAGUUUCAUUCAGGCUUAAGUGGCUGGUAAAAUAGCACCAAGCAACUCGGUGGCCAUUCUGGUGACUGGACGACCACUUCUGUCCUCCAGAGUUGAGGACAGAGAUUGUUCUAGCCCUCAGGUCCCCUCACUGCUUUUUCACAAUGGAAUCCAAACAUCCCACAGGAAGGCUGCUCUCCAGAACACACUGCAGUGACAACACUCCCGUCACCGUGUUCAGACCUUCCGGUCCCAGCAUUUCCUUCAUGAAGGAAAGGGAGGGCGGCUCCCCAGGGAUAACUCUACCAGCCGCUCCCACCCGGCAUCAGUGACAGCGGUGCUGCUCCCCAGGGUCCUGGCUGCAUGCGGACACUGCCCCCGUGCAGCGUGUGACGUGACCAAAGAUGACCCAAGUCAGUGUACAUAGUGGGAAGUGCAAUAGGAAAAGCAUCUGUUUACUCAUGAGGACCUGGUGGGUGUGGGGGGCGGUCCCCAGCCAUCAGGUCAAAGCUGCCCGCUGGCUCCCCUGCGUGCAUGUGUCCAGUGUAGAAGGGCUCCUUUUCUAUGUCAUGUUGCCAAGAAAACAACUCACUGAGGACUGUGCUAUCUCACACCCCAUCUCACUUCCCUGAGCUCCCCCUCCAGCUUCCGGAUGCACAGACCCCCUGCACAUUUCGGCACCGCGUGGACCAGGUGGGGUUGGGGGUGGCGUCAGUGGUCCACAUCCUUGUGUCUGCCCUGCAGUGUGCACUCUACUGUACAGCCCUGGCCACGUGCUUGUACACAGAAGUCUUAUGAGUUGUGGAAUCUCUUGCUCAGAUAGCAGUAUCUGUUCUGUGAAUAUCUCUAAUGCGAAAGAGCUUAGCUGACACCCCCCUGUAGCUGUCCAGCCUAUGCAACCGGAAGUUAAGAGCAGCAGCCCUGCUCAAGGCCCCGAGUGAGAGCUCCCUAGGCAUGUUACUACCCCAUUUGUCACCAGGGCUGACUCAGGCUCCCUCAGCCUCAGCCCCAGGUCGUUCCAGGCCAUGCAGCUCUGCAGAGUGCUCUCAGACUCCCAGGCUGCAGCCAGUCCCUCCACUGCCCCCGUGCACAUCCCACAAGGGUUCUGACCACUCCCUGUGCCCUGCCUGGUGGUCAGCCUCUGCGAAGCUCCUGGCAGCGUGGGGGUAACACACUCAUUCGACCCACUUCACCUGUAUACCUCCUCCCAUCACUGCCCCUCAACUACCCCGAUGACCAAGAACUCAAACUGGAAGGUCGUGUUUGCCAAGGAGCACUGCUCGUGAGUGCAGGGGGUGUGUCUGGAGAGCACCCUGUCUGCAUUUCAGCUCAUCCUCUAAGUGAUUUCAGUCAAAACUGGAAAAUAGCUAAGAUAGAGCCAUCUUUCCCCGGGUUCAAACUUCCGCUGACCAGUCUGGGCGGCAUCUUUCUCUGCGACUCUGUCCCGUGGCAAUAAGCAGCCUCCGAGCUUCGCCGAGGAGACGCCACGUGGCAGAGGCUUCCUGCCUCCAGUGUCUGGCUUGAGGCCUGGCAGUCAGCACACUGCUCAUGUUUACAGGAGAGCUCUUCCCUCCACACAGACACAUUGAUCUGAAUCAUUACUAAGAAACGUCACGCUUGUGUGACGACAGGCUGGCAAUCUCAGAUCUGCCCGGUGCUGCCUGACUCAGAUUCAGUGCGUCCUUGGCGAUCCUCACAGUGGUCAUGUUGAACAGGGCUUUGUGCCAACUACUCAGAGCUUCUACCAAACUGAUAGUGAGACCUGGAACAACGACCUCUCCACUCUGCUGUAAACAAGUUACUCGUUGGGGUGCAGUUAGGGAGGGUUUCGUAUCCACCGAAAGACAACCUCAAAUAACCAGUAGUAAUGCAAACUUGCUCUAAAGGAACCAAAGGCAUUGCCAAGUAUUUGCCAAAAAGAGGCACUUUCUGUUUGAAAUUUGAGACUACGGCAAUCUCAAAAAUCAGUCCCAAAAAGGUAUUAGCCAUUUAAGGUUAUAGUUUUCACAAAGAUGUAGAUAUCCCUCUUAUGCUUUUAUGUAAACUAGUAUAAAUUUGUUAGUUUAAGAAUAAUACCUAUUUAGUAACAAUACAAGGUUCCCCCUUCCCAUGUUUACUUUCUUCUUGCUUGCAAUGUGAUGGGUGUUUCUCUUCCUCUUUUCAUUGUCACAUUAUGUCUUAGCAUCUCACUUUAUGAAAAAAGGAGAAAGAUACCGAUCUACAGAGCCCUGAAUUAGAGGAAUAAACAAAGACUCACGGCAGUUGGGGGCCAUUCAUGUAUCGCCUUCACAUUGUUUUUAGAAGAAAAGCCACGAUGCCUUUGCAUUUGCUGUUUGCACCCCCGAGACCAGCCCCGUGUCAUGUCUGAAUGCCAUACGUCUCGCACAUGUGCUGUACAGAGGUGGCGCCUGCUGCAUUUUUAUAUGUGCGCAGUUAUCGGAUCUUUUGUACAUAGUGGCAGUAUUGUAGCUGAUCGGGAAAUGUUUGAUAUCUCGGCAAUUUUGCAUUUUUUGUGUCUCCAAUAAAUAAAAGACAUUUUGCUGUA